AUGGUAAACAAAGUAUUUCGUCCUAAUUUUAUGUUUGUUUUUCCAAUAUCUUUUAAUACAAAAAGAUCAUUUAGACUUGAAUGGAUCAUUCAGUUUUUUUGGUUAGCUUAUUCUAGCAAAGAAGAUGGAGCUUACUGUCUUCCUUGUACUUUGCUAGGUGCUAGUAUUUCAAAUAAGUCUGGAAUAUUAAAUUUAGUUUUUGAGCCCCAUCAAGAGUGGGGUAAUGCUGUUCGUGAUUCUAGAAAACAUGAGGAAAGUUGUGUUUUAAAUGAAAAAUCUAUGCUUUCAUUAAAUGCAUUGCUUUCACGUUGCAACUCCAGAACAUUUUGUAGACAUCGUGAUGAUAGCAAAUAUCAUCCUGAUAUUGGGGAAUCUUCUACACAAAAUGUUGGAGUUAGUAACUUUAUAGAGCUUUUAAAUUUUUGUGUUGAUGCUGGUGAUCAAAUAAUAGCUAAUCAUCUUUCUUCAAGUCCAAAACUACCCAAAACCAACUUAUUGAUUCUUACUGGUACAUCUGGUCUUAGUCUAUCUCUAAAUGUACUUAAUGCACUUCAAGAGUUUGGGCUUGGUAUUCAAAAUUGUAGAGGCCAAGGGUAUGAUGGUGCCGGUUGUAUGGUAGGUGAAUAUAAAGGAGUUGCUUCUCGAAUAAAAGCUCUUUAUUAUGAAGCUACAUUUGUUGAUUGUGCCAGCCAUAGACUUAGUUUAGUAGUAGCAGCUGCAUGCCAAGUUCAAAAAGUAAAAUCUUCUUGGCCAAAGGAGAUGGGUUUGGCCAAAACUCUUGAUAUACAAGAAGUCAGACCUAGAUUGUGUAAUGUCCAGGUUUACCGGGAUAAUUAUCCAACAAAUACAGUUUGUGACUAUUUUAAUCAUAGCAUUACUUCUCCAUUAAUUGAACAUCUUAUUAAUGAGCUAGAUAAUUGGUUUCCAGAAAAUGGCAUGUUUGGUUUAUAA